AUGUCGGCCUCACAACCCGGACCCGUCGACUCGUACAAGUCUCAGUGGGCUCGUUAUGUGUCGCGCGCAUAUUUUGAAAAGGACGUCAAUCUGGUGACAGCGAGAUUGGGCGAUAUGGAUUUGGGUGAGGAGUACAAUGGACUGAUCAAUAACGGCGUCGCUGGUCUCGCCAAGGUUACCGAGAAACUCACCACCGGAGGCCUUACCCCAGAUAACGCUGGAGAAUUCAAAGUGGGCAUUGUGGGAGCCGGCGUCGCGGGACUCUUCACUGCGCUCCUGCUCGACUGGGUUUGCGAGAAAGUUGAAGGACUCAAGAUUGAGUAUGAUAUUCUCGAGGCCGCCGACAGCAAGCGGUUCGGCGGUCGAUUGUUUACUCACUAUUUCGAUGAUCCUCCUCAGCGGGUGCACGACUACUAUGAUGUUGGUGCCAUGCGUUUCCCGGAUAACGACGUUAUGGACAGGACCUUUCGUCUCUUCAAGUUUUUGGGUAUUGACAAAAUAAAAAAGGGAGAGAAAAGCCCCCGCAAAGAACCCAACGACCCUCCUGUUCUAGUCCCGUAUUUCAUGGAAGACACUGAAGAUGUCUGUCCUGCAAUGUUUAACGACCGUCGCACUGUUGGCCGGGUUUAUAAGACGGAAGGGGUCAUAGACCCUUACGAACUAAACAAGGGCAUUCCAGACGAUCAAAAGAUUCCAGAUCAUCUCCUCAAGAAGGAUCCUAGCGACCUCUUCACAGCAGCUAUCCAGCAGUACAUCGAUGCUGUGAAAGACGGUCUGGACAAUCGCAAGACCGCCCCGUCGCUUGAUGCCAGUUCUGCGAAGACUAACAAGACCAAAAUGUCUGGAGGCGAAGAUUUGUUCUGGAAGAUGCUUCGGCAGUCAGAUAGAAUGAGUGUCCGCCAGUUCCUGCUUUCCACAGAUAAUCCGUCCCUUGUGACCCCUGAAUUGCCUGAGGGAAUCCAAGGCCCCGGAUAUAGCUACAAUACCGUGCAGUGGAUGGAGACAGCGACAUACGGAACUGGCUGGUACGACCAAUCGCUUACUGAAGCUGUUCUGGAGCACUUGGAUUUCGAUACCAAGAAGCCUAUCAACGAUCACUGGUGGUGUGUUGAUGGUGGUGCUCAGAAAAUCGCCGAGGUAAUGAUGAAGAAGCUCAAGAACCCAGAAUGCAUCAAAUUCAACAAUCAGGUCGUUGCCAUGGACGCACACACCAGUCUGCCACGUCUCAAGACUGAGGAAAUCACGCUCAGGAUUCGCGAUACCACGGCAGAGCCCAAGAGCCUCGAUGGAGAAAGAAACGAGAAUUACUUCACUGUUUUCAAUUCUACGACCCUUGGAUCUAUGGAUCGAAUGGACUUGUCGAAAGCGGGUCUGCUAUGGGAUACGAAGCAAGCAAUCCGUUGUCUGGGUUACGGUGCUUCGUGCAAGGUCUGCGUUUACCCAUCAUACAACGUCAACGAUUCCAUACACGAGCCUGCGGUUCUGCUUGUCUCUUACACGUGGGGUCAAGAGGCGCAGCGGAUUGCGAGUCUGAUAUCGUCCAAUACUCCCACCGGGGAAGAAGAGCUCAAGAAAAUACUUCUUCAUGACUUGGCAAUGCUACAUUCAAGUGUGGCAAGCCCCUACGAAGAAACCCUAAACCUCAUCACCAGGCUCUACGACACCCACCACGCCUAUGAUUGGUACCGGGACUCUCACAUGGCGGGCGCAUUUGCAUACUUUGGGCCGUGCCAGUUCUGGGACCUUUACCCGGCCAUCACGAAGCCCAACGCCUUUGGACAGCUGUAUUUCGUGGGAGAAGCGGCAUCCGCGCAUCACGCUUGGGUCGUUGGCGCCCUUGAGAGUGUCGUCCGCGCGGCCUGGUGUAUGUUCGACCUCCUCCACCAAGGAAGCAAAAAAGACCCCAAAUUUGGAAAGGAGGGGUACAAGCCAUAUCUUAAGGCAAUGGACCUACUGGCAAACGAUUCUGAGGAGAACCUGCCGUUUUACCCGCUGCCUACGGAGUUGCCUAUGCGUCGCAAGGGUGAAACAGCCGACGAUGUUGACUUGGACGACCACCCCGACCGUAAUGGCAAGGAUAACCCAAUGAAAUUCGGCGCGGCGUUUUGCAUCAUCAGUGUCAUUGAAUCUAUCCUUGACGAAUUGGAUAAGGCAACUGGAGAACAGUCAUUGGAACAGUUUCUCUAA